AUGGCAAAAUCUAACGGCAACAUGUCGGAGGAAGCACGGGUCGUCGUGAAGAAUAUCCGGUCGGUGGUGAUAUCCCGCGACGAUGCCUCGACCGUGCGAACUAUCACGGGCGAUUACCUCAAGCUCAUUGGCGAGCAACCACCAUACGCGAAGUUCGGCUUCGCCAGCCUUGAUGAUAUGCUAAAGGCGAGCGGAGAGUUCCUGGCGAAGCGUGAAGACGGGCAGACGAGAAUUUACGCCAAAGCGAAGAGCGAUUCGGCGCACAUCUGUGACAUGGUAAAGGCGCAGAAACCGGCUAAACCAACUGCGAACCGUUGCAUCCGGCCGGCACCACGUUUGCCGUCAGUCGGUGCCCGAGUUGGUGGUAACAGUACCACUAACCAAACGGCAUACAGUCGGAUGUACUCCGAGCAAAACAUGGGCCGCAAUCGGGGAUCACCCAGAACUCGACCGAGCAGGUUCUUCGGAAACACUGCCAGCAACAACAACAACAACAACAACGGUUGUGCUCCUCUUACAAAGAGUGAGCUGUUGCUUCGGGCCAUAACAAAAACAUCGCAGGGCCGAGGAGGAUCGUCACCGGUGAAACGAGGCUCACCGGAAGCGAACAAUAAUAGCCAAAUGAAAAAUUAUAACCUCCGCGGUGGCGCCGCUGGACAUCCCCAACAGCAGGUGCUUCCGGCGAACGAUUUACGCCAUGGGCUGAACGAACGAGCGAACCUCCGCGGCGGCGCUGGACAUUCACAACAGCAGGUGCUUCCGGCGAACGACUUACGCCAUGGGCUGAACGGCAGAAAUACCGGCCUGAGCCGUUCGUCGGUCGAUAUGCGACAAACGGCAACCAAACCGGCCGCACCUUCCUCCACCGCUUCGAAGCAGCAGCAGUCGAACAGUGAUGGCCAGGCGAAAGUCCAGGCCGUCAAUCGACCGACGAACAGCCACGUGAUCGCUGGUUCCGGUCGAGUAAUUCCUCCGUCGGUUGCACCACUGCCCCUAAUGGACAACAGCGUGCCACGAACAGCAGAGUCCACAGGCCCAGCGGCGCACUCGGUGGGCGCUCGGAGCACGACGUCGAAGAGCGUGAACUCGCGGCUCCAACAGGCGCAGGGUCCGGUGUCACCAACAGGCGCAGGCACCGGCUCACCGGCGUACCAACGCGCACAAUCGCUCGAUGAACGCUCCUCGAACGGCGGUAGUGGCCCAGCCGCCACGCAAGAGAUGAUUACAACCCAGAAGACACAAAGCAAACUCGGCGAUCGGUUAACCCAGGCUGCUGCCGACCGUGGGGCAGAUAAACCGUUCUCGUUCGCAUCCUCCCAGUACGGCACCACCGAAUUUAGCUGGAACGAUCAAAACGCCACACCAGUCGAGCUGCUGGGGAAAUAUAGUGCCUCAAAGGGGUACGAUCGGCCGGAGUAUAGGUACUUUCGGCUCAAGAACGGCAUGAUCCAGUGCAAGGUGAACGUCAAUGGGUCACUGUACUCGACAUAUCCUGCGGAAUUUGCAAACGAGUUUGAGGGCCAGUUCGCCGCCGCACUCAAGGCGAUCGAAGCGAUACGGGCCGACGAAUCGCGCCACAGGCACGAGGUUUGCCUGGAAUCGGAUUUGGAGGUUGCGAAUCGUAUUUACGAACUAUUGGCCAACUACCCGAACGGUUUGUUCAGCAAGCGGGUUCCGGAAGCGUUCCUGCAGACGCACCGGUCACUGCUGCCGGAUCACUGGUUUUCGAUCAUCGAUCGAUAUCUGGACCAGCUGUUUGUGGUGGAGGACGGACCGGGGGAUACGAUGGUGUUUGCCUGUGAGCAACCGUCGAUGUCGGAUGCGGCCUCCAACACGUCGGAGGCACGGCAGAUGGCGGUGAACGAGCUGCAGUUACCGUGGGACCAACAGUACUGGGAUCUGUACAUCACGAACCCAGUUUCGACGGUCGAAGUUUGGGCACGGCUCGUUGGUGUCGACUAUAGCGAUAAAAUGGAUACGCUUAUAACAGACAUCGAAAUGGCGAUGAUGAGCGCCCAACCGAAGGCGGACGAGUCGGAGGCGGCGGUCGGCGAGUACCUUCUUGCGUCGGUCACCGACUGCUGGUACCGGGUGCGUGUGGACGAGAUCAACUACGACACCAACGAGUGCCAAUGUUUUUUCAUCGACAUCGGCGACAAGGAGCAGAUCCCGCUGGACCAGCUGUAUCAGUGCGACCCAAAGUACCUGGAACUGCCCGGUCAGGCCAAACGGUUCACGCUCGAGGGGUUGGAAGAUUUCAGCGAAAAUCCGAAAGCGAAGCUCCAUCUCGAUGCGCUCAUCAGUGGGCGAGUGUUUAUCGGGGAGAUUCUGACGAAGCGCGAAGAAUACGAGGAAGUCGAACAGGCCAGCGGUAUCGGGUCGGGGCAGUUGAAGCUGGCACUGUACGAUACCUCGUCCGACCACGAUGUGCUGCUGAACCCGGUUAUACUGAAGCACAUCUGCGACGAUACGCCGGAACCGGCACUAAACCGGAAGGAUGUAAAUGCGGUCACUAUUUCGUACAUUGACGACCAGGGCGACGUGUACGGUCAGCUGGUUGGUACGAUGGAGUACCUACAGAAACUCAUCACCAAUCUGACGCAGUCGAACGCGCUUGACGGCAAGUAUCGGGGUCUGUACAAAACGAAAGCCGGCGACCAGCAGCAGCAGCAGCAACAUCAGCUGUACCUGGUGCAGGACGAAACGGAUGGGAAAUGGUACCGGGCGGAACUGGAGGCCGAAGAAGCGGGCCCUUCCUGUCGCAUGCGGUACGUGGACGUUGGUUGCCGCCGGUGCACCAACGUGUCCAACAUCUAUCGCCUCGAGAUGCUCAGCCUUGCGCUCAGUCGCUACCCACCGCAGGCCAUCCGGAUGCGUAUGUUUGGGUUGGACCUCACCGAACCGCAGGUUCUCCCUCGGCUUCGUGCCCUGCUCAAACCGGCCAUGCGAGCGGUGGCGAAGGUGUGUGCGAUGGCGAAGCUGUCUCCCGGAGCGUCCGCUUCCUUGCCCCUGGUCAGGGUCUUCGUGUACGUUUCGCAGGCAGGCAGCGAGAAUAUUCCCGUCUGUGUCAACGAUGCGAUUGCCUUCGAGAAGGAGCUGGAACUGUGCUCGGAACUGAUCAGUGCGCCGCGCAUUUCGGACAGCGUGCUGAGCAAUGGUUCGUCGUCGUCCACCUCAAACACCUCCUCGUCGCUGCAGUCAACCUUUGGUGCCGGUGGCGGUUCACUAUCCAGCACCGACACGAAGGAUCUUGCGUUGCGCUUAGGUGACCUCAAGUUGGAGACUGGUAAAAGCAGUUCGUCUGGCUCUUCCGCCACUUCACCCACUACAGCAGCAAACCCGAAGGCUGCCGUCGCAAAGCUGCCCCAAAUGACGCUGCCCGCCGUGGGCCAGCUGUUCGACGUGAAGGUGGUGAUCGCUUCGAGUCCGAACUACUUCAUCGUCCAACCGUACGCUUCCGCCCAGCAGCUCAACCGACUGAUGCACGAACUGCAGGACUUUUGCAUGAAGAAAGGCCAACCGGUUCGGAAGGAGCACGUGCGACAGUACGAGGUGUACGCGGCCCUCAACACGGACGGUCACUGGUAUCGUGUAUCCGUCACAAACAUUCUACUUGGCCCCACACCGAUCCAUGUGUUUUUCUGCGAUUUCGGCCGGAUCGGGAUGCUGGAUGUGAGCGCGUUGCGUGUGCUGCCAGCGAACUUUCGCGUCCUACCGCAACAGGCGAUCAAUGCCAAGCUGCACGGUGUCAAACCACUGCACAAGGACUGGCAGGCAGAGGAUGCGGUCCGCUUUCAGAAGCUGACGGUGGAGCGCAAAUUCGCCAGCAUCGUCCGGGGCGUCCAGGCGGACGAGCUCAAUCGGGACGAAAAGCUGGUGGAGCUCGAACUGAUCGACGUUUCGAGUGAGGAGGAUGUCUACGUGCACAAGACCCUCGUGGACGAAGGUCGUGCCGUGUACACGGCGGCCCAAACCGUUUAAACAGAGACUGCUAACCAACUCUGGAAAAGAUGCAUGUGCAUUAACAUUACCCCCCUUAGUUUCAUUCUUUUCAGCCUAGCUUUACGGUCGAUUUCUAUACGGUAGAUUUCCUUAAGCGGUUUCGAGAGUAAUGGUAUCACUAUUUAAUCGAAUUGACUCUUUUUAGUAGCUUAAACGACGCUAGAAGCGGUCGGAGCAGGCAAAUCUCCUUGCGCCAAACGAGAGUGUUUUAAAAUCGACUCAUCAUCGAGAGAGAUGAAUCGCGCGGAUUGUCGUU